AUGGAUAAUUUACCGAAACUAUUUCAUCUGACGAUUUCAAUGAAAACAUCAGAAGAUCGUCGAACGGUUUCAGAUUGGUUUGAUAAAGAACUAGCAAAAGGAAAUGCAAACUAUAAUAUUAAAUAUGAACAAGGAAAACGAACUUGUGUAACAAUCAACGGGUCGACAAAAUCAACCACUGCAUUAACUACCAAGGCAACGACUAAACCAACCACUGCAUCAACUACCAAAGCAACGACUAAACCAAUCACUGCAUCAACUACCAAAGCAACGACUAAACCAACCACUGCAUCAACUACCAAAGCAACGACUAAACCAACCACUGCAUCAACUACCAAAGUAACGACUAAACCAACCACUGCAUCAACUACCAAAGUAACGACUAAACCAACCACUGCAUUAACUACCAAAGCAACGACUAAACCAACCACUGCAUCAACUUCCAAAGUGGGCAAACGUUGA